CAGUGGCGUUCGGAAUUUUCUCACAGCAUCCUAGAGAACGACAAAUCCUGGACUCUGCUCACUCCUGAACGCAGCCCCUCAAGGCACUCUGCUCGGCUAUUCGCUGGCAAGACUGUUUGCUAUAAUUCCAAAAGAAAGAAAGAAAAAAGAAAAGAAAAACACAGACAAACCAAAAGCUUCCCAACAAUUUUCUUGGACAACUUCAAACAGAAAAAAGAAAUGCCUAUUUUUCCUAAGAUAUCUUUGAGACCCGAAGUUGAAAACUAUCUCAAAGAGAGCUUUAUGAACAAGGAGGUUGUGUCUGCCUCCAGCCAACAAGAAGCAGAGAGGAGAUUUGAAGCUCUGCUGAUUCUCUUGUCACACCCUCCGUCCUUCACAACUGUCAGAGUGAAUACACACUUAGCAUCAGUCGAGUAUGUCAGAGGUCUGCUGCUUGAAGAGCUUCAGAAGCAAUUCAGCGGAUUCAGCAUUCCUGUUCUUCGGCAUCCAGCCCUCCCAGAUGUUUUACUCAUCCCUGUGAUUGGACCGAGAGAGAACAUAGAAAAGCAGCAGUGUGAAGUGACUGUUGGAGCACAGUGCGGCAAUGCAGUAUUGAGAGGAGCCCAUGUCUACGUUCCAGGAAUUGUGGCAGCUUCCAAAUUUAUGAAAGCUGGAGAUGUUAUUUCCGUAUAUUCUGAUAUUAAAGGGAAAUGUAAGAAAGGAGCCAAAGAAUUUGAUGGAACUAAAGUAUUUCUUGGAAAUGGAAUUUCGGAACUAAGCCGUAAAGAUAUCUUCAAUGGGAUACCCGAUCUGAAAGGUAUAGGCAUAAGAAUGACAGAACCCAUAUAUCUCAGUCCUUCAUUUGACAAUGUUCUACCCAGUUACUUAUUUUUACAGAAUUUACCAUCUACUGUUGUAGCUCAUGUUUUGAAUCCUCAACCUGGAGAGAAGAUUCUAGAUUUGUGUGCAGCACCUGGGGGCAAAACUACACAUAUUGCAGCAUUGAUGCAGGACCAGGGAGAAGUAAUAGCACUGGAUAAAAUAUUGAAUAAAGUGGAAAAAUUAAAGCAGAAUGCUUCAUUAUUAGGACUUCAUUCUAUCAGGGCGUUUUGCUUCGAUGCAACAAAGGCACUUAAACUUGAUAGGAUUGAUGGCACAGAAGGGGCACCUCCAUUCUUACCAGAAUCUUUUGACCGAAUUCUCCUUGAUGCACCCUGCAGUGGGAUGGGACAGAGACCAAAUAUGGCUUGUACCUGGACUUUGAAGGAAGUGAGAUCAUAUCAGCCACUACAGCGAAAACUCUUUAAUGUGGCAGUUCAACUCCUGAAGCCAGGGGGAGUACUGGUGUACAGCACAUGUACAGUAACUCUGGCAGAAAAUGAAGAACAAGUUGCCUGGGCCCUCAAUACAUUCCCCUACCUUCAGCUUCAACCCCAGGAACCACAGAUUGGAGGAGAAGGGAUGGUGGGAGCUGGCCUGUCACCACAACAAUUGACACAGCUACAGCGAUUUGAUCCAUCUGUUGUGCCACUGCAGAACGUGGUGGACACUGAUUGUCUUGGAGAUGGCAAGAGAGAAGACAUGAUCUGGCUGGCCAACAAGGAUUGCAUAGGCUUCUUUAUUGCAAAGUUUCUAAAAUGUAAAAGCACAGAAGAGAAGGUUUCUCAGAAAUGAAAAUUCGGAAUAUUUUCUCUGUGUGUUGCUUUUUACACCAAAGUGUUGACAGGCCAAUGGAGUGAUGACAUGUUUUUUCAGCAAACAGGAAAACGCUAACAGUUUCCCUGGGAUCAGAAGGAGCAGUGUGUAUAUGUGGCCCUGGAGAAGUGGAGGGCUGGGAAAGCAUAAUCUGCCUUAAAUGAAACAAAAAGAAAGGAAUUCCCUGGUAAGGGAGGUGAAGGAUCUGGAAAAUAUUGUCAGUUUUAACUCAUAAAUAUUAGUCUUUCUAAUAUGAAAAAAUAGUCUAAAGAUGAAAGAAUAAAACUCUAAACCUUUCCCAUGUUUAUGAAAAAACUGUUUUCUAUUCAGAAGAUGGCAGUGAUUAUUUCAUUAAGCAUUCAGGCCAGGGGCAGUAACACUGACUGCAUCAUGCCUGAGGUAAGUGGGCUUGUUACCUGAGUCUCCCCACUCUCUCUGCUUACUAAUUCUAAAUCAGGCCUCUUUUAAUUUAAAUAUUUAUUCACUUAGUCACUGUGUAUGAUCUGUGUGUGGAAGUACUGCUCAUGCCAUGGCACAUGUGUAGACGUCAGAGGACAGCUUUGGGAGUCAAUUGCUGCCUUUUACCUUGGGUUCUGAGGCUCAAAUUCAUGCUGUCAGGUUUGUGCGGCAAGUAGUUUUACUUGCUGAGCUGUCUCCUCAGCCCUCAGCUCUCUUAACUGAAGCUUGGAGUUGUGCUAGAUAAUAAUCUAAAAGGUGAAAUAUAGGUAUUUACUUUGUAGAUAAAAAAAAAAAAAGCAAUUGGGAAUAGUCCAUAUUUUGGCUAUAUUUAUCAUUUUCUGGAAUAGAAAUCAUGGAAAAUUCUAGAAAAAUGGUUGGUAAGAAGCAGAAAAACAAUUACUGACAGCUAAGACCUGGCCUGGUGCUGUCUGCUGGGCCUCAGCUUCUCUUGAUGAACAAAAGCAGCUUCACAGAACACAAGCUCCAGGCAACUGUGUCUGAUAGGUAAGACAGAAUAAAAGCUCUUCCUAAUCAAAUCUGAGCUCACCUCAGACAAAAACAAGAAGCUCGCCUAGUCUGCAGAAGUGACCAGGCAUCCUGCCACUGUGGCUAGUCUAUUCCGGAUAAUAUAUCCAGUCUGCCUGGGCCAUAGUAGCAGCCUGAGUAUCUGCUUUUUCAGAAACUGGUCAUGUCCUCAGGCAGGCUUCAUUCUACCUGAUUUGGAUAUAGACUCUAUUAAGAUUUCCAGUACCCAGGCACAUUUGAAAGGUCUCGUGUGAAACACACUAGACUGGCUUGUUAUCUUUCAUUUACAUCCUUCCAAAUUACUGGGCUUUGGUUGUGUCAAAUGGACAGUUGGAAGAAAGUGCUAAUAGUUUCUUUUCCUUGUAGGUUUCCUGUAGGAAGGUCUCACAACAACUUACCAUAUCCAUGAUGACUACAGCAGCUCUUGGAUCAGGAAAGCCUUUGGGUGGCUUCUUCCUGGAGAAGUCUCUUAGCACAUUGUGAUUCCAGUUUACUAUGUGUUAGCCUGUAUUCAUUCCUACACUUGGAAAUGUACCAGGAUAGAUAAACCAGAUCUGCUUCAUACUGCCGACAUAGACCCAGUGUGCAGCCUUCCACAGAUGUGCCCCAUGUCAGCUCCUUUAGCAAACUAGAGGAGUGCUUUGAUGUGCAGAAGCAUAUUCAGAGGGAAGUGAGGACCUAAGAACUGAGUACAACUUAAACAGGGGGACACCAUCACAGCGAUUUUCUGAAGGGAUGAGUGGUAACAGCAAGUGAGAGAACCAGCAUCCUCCAUGAGUCUGAGUGCCUCAAAGCCAUUCCAUUGGAUACAGUAGCAUACAGGAAGGGGUCAGAUCACCUUUAAACAUCUGUGAAAUUACUUACAUGGUAUUUUAUGAAAACACUCUUAAUUUGGGUCAGAUUAAUUGACAUAUAGUCUGUGAAUUCUAUAAGUAAUAUAGUGCUGAUUCUAAGGGGGAAAUUUUCAUUUUAUAAGCAUGUAAAACACUGGUACAAUAUGUAUACAAUUCAUAUUUUAAAUGUUUGUUUUCUUGGGUAUAGGGUAAAGUAUUAAGCUUGAUACUGAUUUAAAUACAAAAUUGCUUUACUUAUAAAUGCCUAAGAAUAUUUGGGAAAAACCUGGAAUACCAGGAAACAAAUCAAAAAAAUAUAUUUAUUAUAACCAUUAUUUGUUUUAGUGAUAUAUGGAUGUGGUUGGGUAAUCGCAGAUAGGCAUUUUCUUGGGAAAAGCUUCAAAUGCUAGUGGCCCGUGCAGCUAAUACAGUCUUACCUAUCCAUCAGCACUGGACUCCUGAGAGAUACAGGUUUUAUAGCCUUAGCAUAAGAGCAUUGUACACUUCUUAAAGCAGGCAAAUUGAGGCGCAAAGAAAGUGUCUCUAGGUUCUCCUUCAGAGUAGAUGUCUCAUGUAGGAAAAUAUUCUUAGCUUUUUUCACUUCAAGUCAUUCCAUUCUGCCCUGAUAAUGUCUAAGGACUUAGCAGAAACUUAGGUUAUAAGAAGCACUUCUGGGCUCUGAUGGACAGUGAAACUGUUGGGGUGGAUUCCGGGAGAAGACCAGUAGGGAACUGACGAUGCACAACAGGAGCAGUAGGCAAGGGUGGAAAGUGAGGAGGGAUAAGUUAUAAAAAUUUAUUUCCCUACGAAAUAAUUGCACAAGCUGUGUAAACAUUUCUUACUAAAACAAAAUACUCUGACACACAAGAUUGUACGUUUCCAGUGGAACACUCACAGUACAAGAUGCCCGUGUUUCCUCUUUUCAGGAGUAAAGCAAGGAGGCAGCAGAUGAGUGCUCCCCUAGUUACCUUUGGCAGCAAGCUUCUUCACAUUCCCUGGCUGCUCCGUGGGUUUUUAAAGCAACAUGAGACACAAUUAAAUACUAAGCCAGGUGAGCAGACUUCUCAGCCAUCAGCCUCUGGUUUCUGCAUUAAGUCUUCUGUAUACCACUUCAUCUCGGUCACUCACACACUCACUCAUGUGCACACGGCGGCUUCGGCUUGGAUACUCCAGUGCAGUGACCAUAGCAGACACUAGCUGCUAAGGACGUGUUUGUCACAGUCAGUUGUGGACUGUAUGGAGUAGAAAACCUCUGGAGUUUGGUUAUAGUUACCAUAAUUUAUGGUUAAAAUUAAAAACUUCAAAGGAUGGGAUAACAUUCAGAAAUCAAACCUCAAGUCAAGCAAUCACACAUAUUUACAAUAUGUACAGGCUCUCUUUUAGAAUGGGGAGAGGUGUCUAGACAAUUUUAUUAGAAAUUUCCUGAAUGUGGGCAUUUCUAGUCCCUGUGAUUCAUAAAGCAAAUCUGCUGACUUGGCAUUAAGACCCUAAAAUGGUGUGAUCAAACUGAUAUAUAUAUAUAUAUAUAUAUAUUAUAUAUAAUUAUAAUAAGGUGUUUGCAGAAAUAACAUUUACAAACUGUCUAUACAGUACACAGUACUAGUACAUAGAAAAUAGAUUCUAACUUUAUAAUCCCCUUUGUGUAAGGCAAGACUGAAUCUGUCCCCAAAUUUAGUCAGCCAGAGGUUCAAGCAAGAAACAGUGGUCCAUGAAAGAAUGACAGGUCAGGUAUCUGGGUAUUAAAAAUCUGGAGAAAUUCCACUGGUUAUCUGUGCUGCGUCUGGCUCAUUGGAUACAUUAACUACAUUUCAGAAGCCACUCUGUUAAGUGGCAGCUACCCCAAACAGCUUUGGAAGAGUCCAGAGUAAAAGUGGAGGACUGCAGCUGGACUAGGCCAAUUUAUGUGGUACUUACAAAAGAAUGUGUAUUAAUACUUGAUUGCAUGCUAUUGCUAUUCAAGCAACAGCAAUACAAAAUAUACAAGACAGAUCACAGAUGGUUGCAAUGUACCCCCAAAGAUUUUGCUUAAGGAUGAUGUUACACAAGACGUGGGGGCAGGAACACACAUGGUCAUUGGCGGAUGUAGACGUCUCUGUUCCACUCGCCAGCCUCGUUCCUUCUCUUGGAUAUUACUUCCCCUUCCUUGUCACAGUAGCGAUCCUUAGAUUUAUGCCGGCCUCGUUGUUUGUUGCACUCGUGGUCCUGCUCUCGACCCACGUCCCUGGAGCGGUGGCGAGACUCCCUGUGUCUGUGGCCAUUACUGCUGUGGGUCUCGUCUCUGUGGUUAUGUUCACGGUGUGGGGCGUAGUGGUCCACAUGUUCAUGUGAAUAAUCUUCCUUUGGCUCCACAUAGGCAGAGUCUCGGCUCUCCUGGGUUUCAGAGUCAAAUGUCUCUUGCCUAGAGAGGCCUCGACCUGUCCCACUGCGGUGGUUUUGGUGUGUGGCUGAGGAGGAAGAACGAUGUUGGGAUUUCUUGACUGGUUCCAGACAAGGUUCUUCUUCAGCUUGGGAAGCAGACCGGGGAGCAGAGCGAUCAGUCCUCUGAUCACCUUGAGAACCCUGGAGAAAAGGAACACAUCUGAGGGCAUCAACUAAGGACAGAACCUAAUGAACUUGAAAGUGUAAGUCCAUCCCUUUGAAGUGCCCAGAAUGCUGAAAGGAAGCCUAGCCAGCUUCGGCACUUUUUGAAACACCUGGCGGCACUGCUUAAAUUGGACUUGUGUUCAUGGUAACAUUUCAUUUUAAUGAUGGGGAAAGAAUGUUCUUUUAUAAACUUUUGUGAUUCUAGUACUAAUACGGGUGUCUUAUACCAUAGUUUUAACUAAUCUACUUAAAAUUAGAUUAAAACUCAUUAAGAUGGGGCAUUUAAUGGGACAGGUACUACUCUAGGACCCUCACAAGAGACUUAAAUCAGCUGCUAACUUUUCAUUCUCCUGCCUUAGCCUCCAAAAAAGCGAAGAUUAUAAGCAAGUGGCAUAACAUGGAGCUAAGUACGACUCUUUGAGUCGGUUAUUCAGCCCUUUGGGGCUAGCUCACUAUUACGGGUUUGGAAGCAGGAACAGCCAGAGAACAUGCUGAGGUUUUAAACACGGAAAGAAGCAGAGCAAAAAGGGUUUGACUGUGGCCUGUCUCCCCCUUAGUUACCAGGCAGUUAGUGGGCUUCAGAGGCUGAGCUGUUUGCAGUGUGUUUGGUUUACAGUUCUUUGCUUACAGCCACACAACUCAUACUGAUAGACUUGGUUAAAUGGCACACAUGUUUCUUAGUUUGGUUAGCAAAGGAUAGUAGAGAAAGCAUGGAAUUAACUCUCUGGGAUUGAAUCCCAGGGGUAUCAGCUCAGGCAGCCUAGAUUCCCUAUGAAGACCAUAAAAGGAAGCUCUCUUACCUGUGAAUUAGAUGCUAGGGUGGGGCUCAUAGGUAAAGUUGAAGUGGCUAAAGUUCGGCUAAGGAGAGGGUUGGGGAGGUUACUGCUGGGUGGGUGGGUGGCCUUCCAGUAGGCCUCCAGAUAGUCGGCAAGAUGCUCACAAGCAUCCUCAAGCUGGUUCUCAUCCAAGAUCACAUCAAAUGACUCCUGCUAAAGCAAGCAUUUCAGAUAGAACAUAAAUGCAACCCAGGCCCAAGCUCCCUCUCUUCCCCAAACCUGUAAGUAGAGGAGAGGCCUUGCCCAUUGUAUUUGUUCUUGCCCUGUUUUUUCCUUUUCUGUUGGCUGAGUCUCUUAGUUUAUGCAUGUGUGCCCCCUCAAAUCCUUAAUUAAAACACUGAAUGGUUAACUAAUUCCCCCAAAGUGGACAGCUGUCAGCAUGAUUGGUAAGGGCAAUGCAUGGGAGUUAUUAUCAGCUGUGAAAAAAAAAAACACAGAUACUAUAGUAGAAAAAACGUGAAAACUCUAAACCGUUUAGAAGGGUGCUUAUUCUGGAUACAGGAUUAGGUCAUGCACUUUGGCAGAAGUAGCUCAAACUACUGACAUUUUGACAUGAUCCAAACUUCACAGUUCAGUGUGGGGUGGGGGAGGUCCUUUACUUUUGAAGAUUUAAAAUUGUUGAUCUAGAAAUUAACAUACUUUAAAUCAGUCAAAUUCAGAAUUAUAGCUUUUGAAAUAGUUGUACUUUAGUGAACACUAGCUGGGAUAUAUAGUCCCAGAGUAUAGUAUGUAAAACUAGGACUGUGUUUCUGGGAAACUUCCUGGUUAAGAUAGCUCACCAGGUCAAAGUGCUUUCUGUGCAACUGUGAGGGCCCGAGUGUGACGCCAUGCCCAAAUAGAUGCAUAGCAUUGCGCUUCCAUAAUUCCAGCCCUCCUACAGGAACAUAGGGUACGGGCAAGAGAAUCUUGGAAAUCAGCCAGCUAGCCUGGCAUACACAAUGGCCAACAAGAGACCUUGUCUUAAACAAGCUAGAAGGUAGGGACUAAUACCUAUAGUUGUCCUCUGACCUCCAUGGAUGCCACAGUAAGCUAGUUCACAUCUGCAUUCUUAUAUAUGGAAGUCAGUAUUUAGUUUGACGUGAUCCCAAGUCAAUUUCUCAGACACCUGUUAAGAGGAGACAGUUUGUUCCUGUGGCUAGAUGUGAAUAAAAACCAGACUCCAAAUAGGUCCAUUGUAUAAACCACAAGUGAGGCCUGCAUAAGAUGUGUGUAGCAUUUUUGGAAGGGUGACCAUUACCUGGCCUACAGAUGCUCAAAAUGCAUGGUCACACGGGCUCUGGCAUACUUCACUUUUUUGGAAUGAAUGCCAUUGUAAGUAAGGAGUAGUAUCUUCCCACAGUAUAUAAUUGCAGUUUUUAAAAUGCAGGUCUGAUCUCUUCAGCUGUUUGUACUAUGUAGAUAACUUACCGGAGGACACUGGGCCAGUUUAUCAGCUGCUACCAUCUGGACAUUGAGGUGUUUUGCUUGAGAUUUCCCUCGAGAUUUUAUUAACCUUUGUAAAACCUGGAAAAGAUAGGGAUUUGUAACAGGUAAGCUACAGGGCACACUGUGAACUCCUUGAUAAUACAUACAUGUAUGUAAUGUAUAUAAUACAUUAUAUACAAUAAUAUAAUACACGGAUGAACAGCAUAUAUCAUUGAGAAAUAGAAUACAACAGAGAUUAACCCCCAAAUUAACAUUCUUGCAUAAGUCUCUUGCAAACAUAAACACUAGUAUAAAGCUGAUGUGGAGUGUUUUUUCUAGUCCAACAGUUCUCAAACUUUCUGCCUUGUGACCUACUUAAGUUUAAAAAAGUUUAUGAACCCCAAAGGGCCAUUGUUUGUGGGAAAUAUUUCUAGUAUUUAUCAGAAAUGUUAGUACUGUUAAUUCAUUCAAAAAUAAAUCUGGCACAUGUUGAUGUAAAUUACUUUUAAAGGAACCUUUUUAUGAGAAUAAUGGUUCUAUAUGCAGUUUGCUAUCGUGUACAACUUUCUUGAUAGUUGUAAAGAGAACUUUACAGAAUUAAAUAAAGGGGGUUGUGCCUCUUCA